AUGAUCUUUAGUGAUAAGAAAAGCUUAGUGCACGCUGUUCAUUUGUAUAACUUGAAGCGCAAUCGAGAAUGCAAGGUCAUAGAAUCCAAAAGAAAGAUUUGGGUGUCUGAGUGCAAGCACGGUUGUAACUGGAGGGUUCGAGCAACGAAGUUGAAAGAUAAAGAUUUCUUUCAAAUCAGAAUGUUUGAAGUGCCGCAUCAGUGUGUGUACCUAAGAAUGAAUAAGGACAAUUGCAACCUCAAGUCCGAUCUCAUUGCUCAUUUCAUCAAGGGACAAAUUGCGAUAUCACCAGAAUUACCUCUUGCUACCAUAAUUGAGGUCGUGAAAGAGAAGUUUCAGUUCACAAUAUCAUAUAAGAAAGCGUGGCUUUCUAGGACGAAAGCUAUUGCAAUGGCGUUUGGGGACUGGGACGAGUCGUACCGAAGGUUGCCUAGAUAUAUGGUUGCAUUGCAGGCAUUCAAUCCAGGCAUAGUUGUCAUGUGGGACAUGAUCCCGAAAUUGCAAUCUACCUCAAUCGGUACUGAAAUGUACAUGAACUAUGUGUUCUGGGCAUUUAAACCAGCAAUAGAAGGCUUCAAGUACUAUCGUCCAGUGAUAUGCAUUGACGGCACACACUUGUACGGGAAAUACGAAGGCAAGAUUGUUGCGGCCACUGUAGUGACUGCUGCAGAUAAGAUUAUACCUUUUGCCUUUGCCGUUGUUGACAAUGAGAUAAUCGACAGUUGGGAUUGGUUCAUUACUCUCCGUCGGCGACAUGUGUGCCGUGACCAAGAGGGGGUGACAUUGAUAUCCGAUCGAUACACGACUUUGCUUAGUGUUGUGUCCAGAAUUUGGGACAAUCCAGCAGUGCAACCAAGAGACUACCAUACGUAUUGCUUGCGACACGUAUGUAGCAAUUUCAAUGAAAGAUUCGGCAAUACAGUAGCCAAGGAUCUUGUGUGGAGAGCUGGUUCUGCACGGCAAGUGCGGAAGUUUAACAAGAUUAUGGUAGAUAUCUACAAGCUAGAGAAGAAUGCUGAAUAG